CCCAGCGAGACACUUGUGUGUGCGGCAGGCCCAUGUGGUAUGCUCACAUUUCCCGGCACAACAACGCCAAAAAUCUGCUAUAACUCACAUCUCAUAUGUUGACGUGUGAAUGCUCGUACGUCUGAAGAAUCCAAAAUGCUAAAAGAAGCAUUGGAAGGCCAAGUUACAGUCGUAUGCAACACCAUAGCCGCAUCGGUACAGCUGCAGGUGGAACCUGUGGGCCGCUGGUUUGAGGCCUUUCUUAAGCGCAGGAUUCGGAAUGUCUCCGCCUCGUUCCAGGAGCUCGAGGAGGAAGAGGAGUUGUCCGAGGAAGAAGAAGAUGAGGAAUUGCAACUGGAGGAAUAUCCCAUGUUGAAAACACUAGACCCAAAAGACUGGAAGAACCAAGAUCACUAUGCUGUACUGGGUUUGGCUCAUAUGAGGUACAAAGCAACUCAGAAACAAAUCAAAGCUGCUCAUAAAGCGAUGGUGCUCAAACACCACCCAGACAAACGAAAAGCAGCAGGCGAGCAGAUUGUGAAAGGAGACAAUGAUUAUUUUACCUGCAUAACAAAAGCAAUAGAGAUUCUGUCAGACCCCAUAAAACGGAGAGCAUUUGACAGCGUGGACCCCACCUUUGACAAUAUGGUUCCCUCCAAGGCCGAAGGCAAAGACAACUUCUUUGAAGUUUUUGCGCCUGCGUUUGAGCGAAAUGCCAGGUGGUCCAUUAAAAAACAUGUGUCCCACCUCGGAUCGCUGGAGUCCUCAUUUGAAGAAGUGGAUAAUUUCUAUUCAUUUUGGUACAACUUUGAUUCAUGGAGAGAAUUUUCAUAUUUGGAUGAAGAGGAGAAAGAAAAAGCAGAAUGUCGAGAUGAGAGACGGUGGAUUGAGAAGCAGAACCGGGCAUCUCGAGCCCAGAGGAAGAAGGAAGAGAUGAACAGGAUCCGAACCCUCGUGGAUGCUGCCUACAGCUGCGACCCGAGGAUCAAGAAGUUUAAGGAGGAGGAGAAGGCCAGAAAGGAAUCCGAGAAGAAGGCCAAAGCCGAGGCCAAGAAGAAGGAACAGGAGGAAAAGCAGCGGGUUCGACAGGCGGAGCUGGAGGCCGUGCGCUUGGCCAGAGAGAAGGAGGAGGAGCAGGCCAAGCAGGCAGCCCAGCAAGCCAAGAAGGAAAAGGAGGUGCAAAAGAAGGCCAUCAAGAGAGAGAGACAGAAACUCAGGACGACAUGCAAGAACUGUAACUACUUUGUGGACGAUGAGGCCGAAUGCGUGAGGAUGAUGGAGAGCGUGGAGAAGCUGUGUGAUCGAUUAGAACUCCUCAGCUUACAGAGUUUAAAUGAGAUUUUGGCUUCAGGCAAUAAGGAGCAAAGUAAAGCAGCCAUAGAAAAGCAGGUAGAGGACGUGAACGAGCAGCUCCAGCAGGAGCGGGAGGCCGAGGUGAAGGCCCAGCAGGCCGCACGCGGCUCGGAGCAGGCCGGCGCCGGCACGGGCUCAGGCAAGGGCUGGACCGAGGAGGAGCUGCAGCUGCUCAUCAAAGCCGUCAACCUGUUCCCCGCCGGGACCAACGCCAGGUGGGAAGUGAUCGCCAACUACAUGAACUUGCAUUCGGGUAGUGGCAUCAAGAGAACCGCCAAAGACGUUAUUAAUAAAGCCAAGACGCUACAGAAACUGGAUCCUCACCAGAAGGAUGAAGUUAAUAAAAAGGCCUUUGAAAAGUUUAAGAAGGAGCACACUGCUGUCCCAGCGUCUGUAGACAAGGCUGUGCCUUCAGAGCGCUUUGAUGGCUCAUCCAGCGACUCUAACCCCGCCCCCUGGACGACAGAGGAGCAAAAGCUCUUAGAACAGGCUCUGAAGACGUACCCCGUCAACACCCCUGAGCGAUGGGACAAGAUCGCUGCCACUGUGCCUGGACGCACCAAGAAAGAUUGCAUGAAGAGAUACAAAGAGCUCGCCGAGAUGAUUAAAGCCAAGAAAGCCGCCCAGGAACAAGUUGCUGCCAAGAGUAAAAAAUGACGGGGAAGGAAACGAACCACACAC